AUGAUAUAUCAGCGUCUCACCAGUCUAUGCGUUGCCGCUCUGGUCGCGGCCGCAUCGGUCUCUGCGAGCCCUAUGUACGAGCGCUCUCAAGGUCGGUGUCGUCCCAAGUACACCAAGGGCGCCCACCACGUCUCAACGACAGAUAAAGCAACUUCGUCCAUGCCAGAGGCUCCUUCCCAGUCCCCCUGGCCCGUGGUACCCACUGUGACUGAGGUCACUCCCGAUGCUUCCUCUUCCUCGUCGUCAACGACAUCUGCUCUACCCUCUUCUACCGCUACCCAGGAACAAGCCAUCGUUCCGGCAGCCCCUGUUGAGUCUCCAACAGCCGCUCCGCAGACCAUUGACAAGGCAGCUGUUGCUACAUCUUCCUCCAGCAGCAGCAGCUCCUCGUCAGGCGCCAGCAAGUCCGGUACAGCCACCUUCUACGGCGGGAACGUCUCCGGCGGAACCUGCUCGUUCACAGGCUACACGCUUCCCUCCGGCCUCUUCGGAACGGCCUACUCAGGCGCCGCAUGGAACAACGCCGCGGAAUGCGGUGCCUGUGUCUCCGUGAAAGGACCCAACGGUAAAACCAUCAAAGCAAUGGUCGUUGACGAAUGCCCCGAAUGCGACGCCAACCACCUCGACCUCUUCCAGGACGCCUUCACCCAGCUAGCCGAUGUCUCCAAGGGCAUCAUCGACAUCACCUGGUCCUUUGUCCCCUGCGGCAUCACCUCACCCCUCGUCCUCAAGAACAAGGAGGGGACCUCGCGCUACUGGUUCUCCAUGCAGGUCGUCAAUGCCGCCGAGCCCGUCGCGAAGCUCGAGGUGAGCACCGACGGCGGGAAGACCUGGCAGGGGAMCACGAGAACCUCCUACAACUUCUUCGAGCAGAGCAGUGGGUUUGGACAGGAUACCGUGGACGUGAGGAUCACCGGCCAGUCCGGCGCUACAGUGACGGUGAAGAAUGUCGGGACCAGCUCUGGGUCCUCUGUUACCGCUUCGUCCAAUCUGUAG